UGCCCAGAUUUCCACUGGUUUGGGGGUGGGAGCUCAAAAAGUCCAGUGCCCUGCCAGCUGACCUUUCCUUCUCUUUAGUGUGAUGGUCACAUCUGGGUUUCAAUCACAUUCCUGGAGCUGAAGCUCAUUGGAGCUGGGCAGUGUUGGGCUGGUGCCUGAGUUUCUCAGUACAGUAGUUACACAAAGGGAAAGUGGGGGAGGCUUGCCUCAUGGCCUUUCAUGAAUAUAGAAGCUCUAGAAUUAUGAGGCUGCCUGGCCACCCUGCUUCUCACCCUCACUCCAAGCUCAUUACUUGUAAAGCAUCCUAAGCAUUCUACACGAUCUGUGGGCCCAUGCAGAGAAGCAGACUUUAGACUUUGCAUGUUAUCACAGGCUCCAGCACAGCUUUUGAAUUGCUUGGGUCCAUAGGCGACAUCCUGUUGUCCAGUUGUUAGCUGGUAUUUUUCUUAAACUGUGCCCACAGAUCAGAUGGAAUCUGACCCCAACCCCCCUUUCCUGGCACCUUAGGACUUACAUUGAGCCUAUAGGCAGAGGCUGGCUGUCCCUGAGGCCUUGACAGAGAUGAGGAAGGCUCCUGUGACCUGGCAUUCGGUUUUGAGGGUGUCUGCAGUUUGUUGGGGUGGUUUGGAGGUGCUGGCAGGAGUUGUGACCAGCCCCACUCCCAAGUCUGUUGAGAAAUGUUUCUGCCACCUAUGGAGCAGCUGUCUUCUGCUGCUGCAGGGCAGAGGGGGGGUGGGGUAGGGGAGUGCCAUCCUGUUGUGACUUGGUGGAGGCCACCAGUUUACUCACAUGUGCAUAUGCUCUGAGCUGGGUGGGGCCCCAGGGAGUUGGGGGGCAUAACCAUCACAGUCUGGCUGUGUACCCAGGUUCACCCAGGAAAGCUGAUGGGAUUGGAAAAGUAGUUUUUGGAGAACAACUGAUAAUUAUCCUUGGGUAAUACAGGAACCAGUCAUAUGAAACUUUUUGAUUUAGUCGACAAACAAGGAUAGUGUAGGAGUAUUUUCAUGCCUCUGCAACCAGAAUAUAAAUUGAUGGUAAAUGCUCAUUUUUAACAGCCGGUGCUAGAAUGAAAAAAAAAAAAACCCACUGCUUUCAAUAACCAUUAAAACAACGUUCCCUAUUUUCUGUGACAUCGUUAUAUAGCUGAAAGGUCUAGCUAGUUAUAAUUAGGUUUGAAUAGUAAAUUAGGUUUUUAGUUUUAAAACGACUGUUUAAGGAAUGGCAAAAUCUGUUAAGUGAACCAAAAAUGACUCAAUGAAGCCCCCUCCAGCUACCCCGCUACUAGCCUUGGUGAUUCCAGAACGUGCGGCUGGCACAACCAGACUGAUCUGCGGUCUCUUUCCCACCAUCUCCAAGGAUUUGCUCUCCAACAUGCAAAGCACCACCGGCUCCCCCGCUUCUGAUGGGAGGGCCAGCUGGGAUGGGAGAAAGCGGGUAGAGGCGCUGGGCCCCAGCUCCCGCCCCCGCCUCUGUCUGGCACUUCGUCUCCCACACUCAACAGUCGGUGGUGACACCAGCCCAGGACCUGUCAGGCCCGCGCCCCAGGCGAGCGCGGCAGCUCCUCCUCCCGCCGCCGGCCCAGCCUGGCACGUCUUGGCGGAGCGGAGCGGACCGGGCAGCGCCAGGACUCGCCAGGGGUCCCGCGUCCGGCAGUGGCGGCCCGGUCUGGACAUGGCAGCUGGUCCCCACCCUCACCUGAAGAGUGUGCUUCCUUCUUUCCUGAGCAGCCGCCCUCCACACAGCUCUCAGGAGCAGCUUUGUUUCCCAGCUACCACCAGACCCCAAGCCGACCACCUUCUCUGCCUGGGUUUGAAGCCUGCGCCGCGAGAGUUGCCCGCUUCCGCGCGCCACGCCUCGCCCCAGCCGGGCCGCCUGCGGUCGCCUCCGCGGUCCAGCGUCUACCUGAUUAUAGGGUUGCAAAAUGAGUUGACCAAAUGUGGGAUCUUGAAGAACAUGAGUGACUAUGAAGAUUUUUGGAAGUUGAUUCGGGAGGAAGCCCAUGGAACAGAAAUCAAAGAAAAACUCCAGAAGAUAAAAGUUAAAAUGUUGGAUCCCAGAUACUGGCCUCUGGCAGCUCCUAGAAGAAGAGAAACCAGGUCAUUGGUCAAUGCUGAUCAGGAUAAGUGGCCCUGCCAGGGAAAAUGGAUUCAGACAUCUUCUCUGGAGCCAGUACCCUGUCCAUCUCAAACACAAGAAGAAUUUCAGCAGCUACUUCCCAGGGACCUUCUUUCCCGACUUACUGAGUGGAGGAAGAGGUGCCAACAGCGAGAGACUGCGGCAAGACUACCCCAAGGACAGGGGCGGAACAAGAUUGUUUGUAAAAUGAACGAGAAGGAUUCCCAAAGUAAGAUAUAUCUUAGACGCUUGCGUCAGAUGUAUUCUACGUCCCUUGCUAACAUGGAGUUCUCCAGAAAGCUGCUGGAGAAGGACGGCCGCUUCGCAGACAUGUACACCGAGGGCAGAGCUGGAGGUCUGAUGGAUUACAUGGUCCCCAGUGAACACACAGAGUGGGAAGAAGUCAUGCCCAGGGAGACAGAGACAGGAGACCCACUGCCUACCAACCAGCAGCCUCGGACCCAGCUUGCCCUCACCUUCUUGAAAAGCUGUAGCUCAGGAUGUACAAGGAGAGAUUCUCCUCCUAAGAAGGGAGGGCACCGAGUGGCCCUGCAUGGCAUGCUUACACUUUCCAAGCACUUGAGGAGUGAACCCGAUCGUCCCAGGAUGACUGCAGCUCCUGACGUCCCCGCACCCCUGACCUUGGAGCACAUGACCCUGACCCAUCGUGUUGUGGAGGCUAAGACAGGAAGCCGAUACUGGAUUAACUAUGUGGAUGAAGAAUAAGGCUGCAGUAUAAUUACUACAUGGAAAGGAUGAAGACAUGUUGAUGCUCCCCAACAAAUGAGGAAAUGGCAACUUUUAAAAAAUUCAGAGUCAUGAUAAACAAUGCCAUGAAGUGAAUCAGUGGAUACUUAAGUGCUUCAAUAAUAUCUUCCUUAUAAAUGUAAAAACUUCAUUUGGGAUCCUAGAACCAUGAACAGCAAGCAGAAGUGGGUGACAGCAAAACAAGACUUCAUAGCCAGAUAAUGGAGAUUAUAGACACAGAAAACGGAAUACACAAGAUUAACAUGGCGAAAUGAACUUUAUAAUGAAGUUUUAAAUUAUGAAUAAGGAACAGAAGGCUUGGGAAAUGAAUUGAGAGUGUUUGCAAAAGAGUGAGAUAGAAACUGUAGAGUGGAAAAACUUAAUAUGUGAAAAUAAAUAUUCAGUGAGUGGGUUGAAAGUAAACUAGGGAGGAUAGAACCUGUGAAUUAGAGAGGUCUCAAAAUGAGACCUGAAGGCCAGUGUGGAGAAACAAAGUGAUGGGAUCCAUGGGGAGGGAGCUGAGAGACCCGAAGGCCAGAGUGGACCAUCCGUCCAGAGUGCACUCACAGCGCGCAGCAACAGCAGAGAGGAUGUGGAGGAGCAAAAGAAGAAUUUUCUGAAUUUAUGGAAGACACCAAUCCUCAGCUCUAGGGAGACCAGAGAAUCAGUAAUACAAUGAGUAGAAAGAAUAGUACUAAAUAUGAAGGGAUUUCUUCAGGCCAAAGAGACAGAACACUCACAAAGAAAUAAACCCAGAAAUCCAGAUGACACCACAGCAGGCGCCAUGGCAAGUCCUGGAGAGUUGCAUUAGAAAGACGAAAGGGAAAGGCUAAGCAGUCUUCUGUUCGAUAAAUCAAAUCCAAAAGUAAAGACCUUCCCACAAAGAAAAUUUGAGGCCCAUAUGGUUUGACUGGCAACUUCUUCAAAUACUUGAGGAAGAAAUAAUGCCAUGAUUUAUACUUAAACUCUCAGAAAAAUAGGAAAAAAAGGCCAUGUCCUCCAACUUUUUUUCUAUGAAGACAGCAUAACCUUGAUAUCAAAACCCAAGCAGGGACUUUUAUUACAGUGAAGAACAAUCAGAGCAGUCGCUCAGCAACAUACUUGUAAAACUCUUAACAAAAGGAUUAGCAAAGUGAACCCAGUAAUAUCUAGAUUCAUUUCAAUAACUUCUACUCAAAGGAAAAAUAAUAGCAGAUUAUAAAUAAAGAGGGGAAUUAUUUAAUCUGAUAAUGUACAUAAAUGUAAAUGUAAAAUAUAAUACACUUAGUGGUGAAAUAUUUAACCCUUUUCUUUUGAGGAUGGGAAUAACACAAGGAUGACCAUCUUUUCCAUCUCUACUCCAUAUUUUCCUGGGAGUUUGAUCCAGGUAAUAAGCAAGACAAAUUUA